UUUUCUAACCAAGUUUUACACGUCCGGCGACCGCCGCCGCCAAAUUUUUGUGGCGCCACCCUAGGCCUUCGCCUUCGCUUUGGCCUUGGCCUUGGCCUUGGCCUUGGCCUUCGGCGCCUCUACCUCGAUGAGCUCGUCGACGGCGUAGUUGUUCGAGUUGACGCCCUGGUAGUUCACCUUCUCGAAGCGCACGGUCACGCCGUAUCGCACGUUCGACUGGUCCACCGACGCGACGGUGCCCAGCUCGUUCGCCCAGUACCUGCGGGGGGGGGGGCGGGUCGCGCGCGGCGCGCGGCGCGCUCUCGCGGUCGACGGGCCUCCGGCGAGCUCUCGCGGACGACGAGGCGGCGGCGGCCUCCGAUCGGCCCCCGCGCCAGCGCGCCGGCGUCGCUCCGUCCGCGCAGACGGCGUGGCGGCCGGCCGGGCGUCGGCGGUCCCGCCGCCGGAAGGAGGCCAGCCGAGUAGACCCACGGCGACGCAGCACGCAGCGUAACGUUUCGGACGCGGCGGCGCACGACUCGGGCCGCAUGACGCGCACGAUGGAUCCUUUUUGGACCUCCAGCGGCGCAAGCCGGCUGGACAAAGCAGCGGCGCCUCGCGCUUGGGGCGCGACGAGCGCGCUCGCGCUCGCGGCCAGCGCCGCGAAGCAAGCAACCCUCAACAUAUCGACGGAAAAAGUGGCUGCUCGGCUGUCAGGGCCGCCUCGCGCGCCGCAAAUCAGCCUCGAUCAAACACUCAAUGUGAGCCAGAGGGCCCCCCGCACGCAAAUAGCGAGCCG